AGCGCGGGGACUGCGCCGCCGCUCGGGCUCCGGCUGCUCCGCGGGGCUCGGCGCGCGAAUUCCGGCGAGGCCCCGCGAGCUCCCGGGCGGGCGACCCAGCAUGGCGGUGGAGGAGGAAGGGCUCCGGGUCUUCCAGAGCGUGAAGAUCAAGAUCGGUGAAGCCAAAAACCUUCCCACGUACCCGGGGCCAAACAAGAUGCGAGACUGCUACUGCACCGUAAACCUGGACCAGGAGGAGGUUUUUAGGACCAAAAUUGUGGAGAAGUCACUCUGCCCUUUCUACGGAGAAGACUUCUACUGCGAAAUUCCUCGGAAUUUUCGGCACCUGUCAUUUUACAUUUUCGAUAGAGAUGUUUUCCGGAGGGAUUCCAUCAUAGGGAAGGUGGCCAUCCAGAAGGAGGACCUGCCCAAGUACCACAACAGGGACACGUGGUUCCAGCUGCAGCACGUGGAUGCAGACUCUGAAGUGCAGGGCAAGGUCCACCUGGAGCUGAGGCUGAGUGAGGUCAUCACCGACACGGGCGUCGUCUGCCACAAGCUGGCCACGCGCAUCCUCGAGUGCCAAGGCCUUCCCAUCGUGAACGGGCAGUGUGACCCCUACGCCACCGUGGCCCUGGCAGGACCGUGCAGAUCAGAGGCAAAGAAGACGAAGGUGAAAAAGAAGACCAACAACCCGCAGUUUGAUGAAGUGUUUUAUUUUGAGGUGACCAGACCCUGCAGCUACAGCCGGAAAUCCCACUUUGACUUUGAGGAGGAAGACGUAGACAAACUUGAAAUCCGAGUUGACCUCUGGAAUGCCAGCAACUUGAAAUUUGGAGAUGAGUUUCUGGGAGAACUAAGGGUUCCGCUGAACGUGCUGCGACAGUCCAGCUCUUACGAAGCCUGGUACUUCCUUCAGCCCCGAGACAACGGCAGCAAGAGCCUGAAGCCAGGGGACUUGGGAUCUCUGCGGCUGAACGUGGUCUACACUGAAGACCACGUCUUCUCCUCCGACUACUACGGCCCGCUGCGGGACCUGCUGUUGAAGUCUGCGGAUGUGGAGCCGGUGUCCGCAUCCGCAGCUCACAUCCUGGGCGAGGUGUGCAAGGAAAAGCAGGAGGCCGCCAUCCCGCUGGUGAGGCUCUUCCUGCACUAUGGCCGGGUCGUGCCCUUCAUCAGCGCCAUCGCCAACGCCGAGGUCCGGAGGACCCAGGACCCCAACACCAUCUUCCGAGGAAACUCCUUGACCUCCAAGUGUAUCGAUGAGACAAUGAAACUGGCAGGGAUGCAUUACCUGCACGUGACCCUGAAGCCCACCAUAGAGGAGAUAUGCCAGAGCCACAAAUCCUGUGAAAUUGACCCUGUGAAACUGAAAGACGGAGAAAACCUUGAGAACAACAUGGAGAAUCUUCGGCAGUACGUUGACCGCAUCUUCAACAUCAUCACCAAAUCGGGAGUGAGCUGCCCGACCGUCAUGUGUGACAUUUUCUUCUCUCUUCGGGAGGCGGCUGCCAAGCGCUUCCAGGAUGACCUGGAUGUGCGGUACACAGCUGUGAGCAGCUUCAUUUUCCUGAGGUUUUUCGCUCCUGCUAUCCUGUCCCCCAACCUCUUCCAGCUCACGCCUCACCACACGGACCCGCAGACAUCGAGAACGCUGACGCUUAUCUCGAAGACCAUUCAAACGCUUGGCAGCUUGUCCAAAUCAAAAUCUGCCAGUUUUAAGGAAUCCUACAUGGCUGCGUUUUAUGAAUUCUUCAAUGAGCAAAAAUAUGCUGAUGCAGUAAAAAACUUCUUAGAUUUGAUCUCAUCUUCUGGGAGAAGAGACCCCAAGAGCAUCGAGCAGCCCAUUCUGCUCAAGGAAGGGUUCAUGAUUAAGAGGGCACAGGGACGGAAACGCUUUGGAAUGAAGAAUUUUAAGAAAAGAUGGUUCCGCCUGACCAACCAUGAGUUUGCCUACCAGAAAAGCAAAGGAGACCAGCCUCUGUGCAGCAUUCCCAUCGAGAACAUUCUGGCAGUGGAGAGACUGGAGGAGGAGUCCUUCAAGAUGAAGAACAUGUUCCAGGUCAUCCAGCCGGAGCGAGCUCUGUACAUCCAGGCCAACAACUGUGUGGAGGCCAAGGCCUGGAUCGACAUCCUCACCAAAGUGAGCCAGCGCAACAAGAAGCGCCUCACCGUCUACCACCCCUCCGCCUACCUGAACGGCCACUGGCUCUGCUGCAGGGCCUCGUCGGACACAGCUCCUGGCUGUUCCCCCUGCACCGGUGGCCUCCCAGCAAACAUCCAGCUGGACAUCGAUGGGGACCGAGAGACAGAGCGUAUCUACUCCCUCUUCAACUUGUACAUGAGCAAGCUAGAGAAAAUGCAAGAGGCCUGUGGCAGCAGAUCUGUGUACGAUGGCCCCGAGCAGGAGGAGUACUCCACAUUCAUCAUCGACGACCCCCAGGAGACCUACAAGACUCUGAAGCAGGUUAUCACUGGGGUGGGGGCCCUGGAGCAGGAGCACGCCCAGUACCGAAGGGACAAGUUCAAAAAGACCAAGUAUGGGAGCCAGGAGCACCCCAUCGGAGACAAGAGCUUCCAGAACUACGUCAGGCAGCAAUCUGAGACCUCCACCCAUUCCAUUUGAAGCCUGCAGGCUGUCCUGGCCGGGAUGGCCCUGUGCUGCCCCAGGAGAGCCACGGUCUCCGGGAAGGAGGGGACAGAGGAAAGACGAGAGGCCGCAGCCAGCAGGGAAAGGGACCCACACGUCUUCAGCUCACACAGAUGGCACGCACCGGGCUCAGGGGACCGCGGGGACUCUGCCUGUGGUGGCUGUGCAUUUUGCUCACCCUGCUGGCUGGCGCCCCAUAGCACUGCUUGCGUCUGUGUGCUUUUGCCUUUGUGGGGCUCUGUGUGCCCGCACCCCCGGAGCCCUCCGGCACUCUUCCUUAACAUCCUGCUUCCACAAGACGGGAUGCUAGUGGCGUGAUUUGUUUCCCGUGAGCCUGCCUCCUGGUGGUGUUCUUCCUGGCUGGAGGGCCCGCUUUGUGGCUUCGUGGUGCUUAACCGCACGAAGUCACAAUUUGAGGAUGCUCCUGAUGUUUUGGAGGUACAGGGUCCUGCAGAGAGCACCUGGGCGGGGUUUCCAGUCUGCCCUCCCAGACGCUGGAGUCCCGUCCCGUGGGCCGCAGAGGCCAGUCCGUGGCCUGCAGAUGCUGCCGGAGCCAGCGGCAGGCUGAGCGUGCCCCUUCAAGCAAAAGCUGUGGUUGUUUUGCCGUCUGUGGGGCUUCAAAGUAGAAUCCACACUGGCUGCCCCUUGUGGGAGUUUGGGGAAGGUUUUUAAGAUAAGAAAUGUACAUUAUUUUCAAGCUGGUUUUCUUAAUGUUUUUAAAGGACUGCUUCUAAUGAGCUCUUUGAUAUCAAGUACCUCAAACAUGUAAACCUGUGCUCAUCAAAGGGGAGGGCGCCACGGCGGAGUGACAGCGGGCCCGCAGUGCACCCCCCAGAUGCCAGUCCCAGGCCCUCCGCAGUCCCCAGGGGAAGUGAGGAUGUCCUGAGCUUGAGCCGGGACACCCCCCACCCCCACCCCAGGCCCCAGCAGCAGCAAUUUGCUGUGUCUCUGAAGCUCCUAGAAGCUGCCAGGCAGUGGAGGGGCAUCUCUUAGGGGUCGGGGCCCCUGAUGAGGAGCAGUUAGCCCUCGACACUUGGAAAGCACUGUCUGACACGUAGACCUUGUGCCCGUAUCUGCCCUUCUUUGCAAAUACUGUCCUUCAGACUCUGACUGAUGGCAGAUAGUAGCAUUACUUGUCACAAAAAUGGUGGAGGAAAAUGUUGCAAAAACUUUGGGACACACAGCUAUGAGGCUGCACAGAACUGCAAUUUUUAACAUGGAUUUGUAACUUAAUGUUUCUGUUUAUAAGAUACUAAUGAUUUGCAAUGUAUUUUACUGGCCAAUUAAAACAGACCUUUUAUUCUUUC